GCCGCCCCCGUUUGGAAGUCCACAUUUGAGAGAGCCCCCCAAGACAGAACCCAUUUGUAGAUGCAAUUGCAACACACACUUUGCGGCCACGCGGGUGAAAAUGCUCCAUCUAAAAUCGUUUAAGCAGGAAAAAUCUGUCAAAAAGAAAAAUCGGAUUUUUUUACAUUUUUUCAUAAAAAUUAAAAUUUUCCUUUUAUGCAUCCUUUUUGUGCUGUUGAAAAAUGAAGACCAUGUAGACCAAAGAGGUGAGAGACUCCCCAGGGAAGAUGUGUGCCCCCUGGGAGGGAACGAAAAAAGCGGUGAUUUGAAAAUAAGCAAAGUGGGAGAAAAAGAAGGGGAUAAUAUAAAACUUUCGGGUGAACGACGUGUCAAUAUUAGCGCUACCCACGAUGAUGUAUCUCAGUUAAGCCUGUUUGAAGAUGUGUGCAUCCUUUUUUGCAAAGCAAACUUUGUUAAUGAGAGGUAUUUGCGGCUAGUCGGGUGUUCCGGUAAGGAGGCGACUUACCCGCGAAGGGGGCACAUCUCCAGAAUGCUGCGCGAAAGGGUGAGAAGGAAUGAGUAUUAUGAAAAUGGAAGGGAAGAUACAAAAUUGGGUGUGGAUGCAGGGGGAAGCGGAAGUGAGAACGAAGGGGACGAUGACGAACAUAGGAACCAACUGCCAUCCGCAUCGAAUGAGGUCUCCGAAGGAAUGGUUUUCUUCUGUUUUAUUUUCAUCUCCGCGACCAUGCUGCAGUUUAUCCUUUCCAAAAUACACAAGCUGAACAUCCCAGUAUCAGUAAUAUGGUUCCUAUAUGGAAUGUGCACCUACGUGAUAGCAAAAAAUUUCAACAUGUUUGAAGAGAAUGCUUUGCAUAAAUCUAUCAUCAACGCGAGGAACAUCGAUUCGUCCGUCCUUUACUUCGUUCUGUUGCCAAUUUUGCUGUAUGAAGCUACGCAGGACAUAAAUUAUUACGCCUUUAAGAAUUUUCUCUACGGAGGAAUAGGAUUAGCAGUGAUAGGGGUAGCACUACAAGUGGGUAUACUGGGGAUUUUGUUUUACUAUUCCUUCAUGUAUAGGCAAGAGCAGUCCCCCCUAAGCAGCAGCUUUUUAUUAGCCUCCAUCUUAUCGUCAACAGAUCCCGUGGCAGUGCUCUCAAUUUUGUCAGUAGUGGAUGCCCCCUCAAAAAUAAGUUCCAUGUUUCAUGUGGAGUCGCUAAUAAAUGAUGGAAGUUCCGUCCUACUAUUUCAGUUUUUUUUUUAUUUAACAAUUGGGUAUAAGGCGAACGCAUCUCAGUAUGUAAUUCUGUUUGUGAAGCUACUAUUUUUGAGCCCCGUAUUUGGCAUAGGCAUGGCUAUGCUGACAUUUGCCUGGAUAAAUUUGUAUAGAAAAUACUACUACAAUCAGUGUCUGGCGACGAUAACCAUGUGUUAUUUGAGUUACUUUGUCUCUGAGUAUUACUUUAACUUGUCUGGCCCGCUGGCAAUCGUUUGUUAUGGUUUAUUUAUUAACGCGUAUGGUCAUAUUGCCCUGGACGAAGUGGCCCAGAGGAAGCACAAAGAAAUUGUGGAGCUUCUCUCCCUCAUGGGAAACUCCAGCAUUUUCAUCAUAUCAGGGAUAGUCUCCUUUGGGAUGAUGGAAAAUGUGUUCAAGGACAACUUGUAUUUUUUCAUAUACAUCGUAUUGACGUAUAUUUAUUUGGUGUUGGCAAGGUCAAUAAUGAUUCUAAUUUUUACUCCUUUUUUGUCCAGAAUUGGGUACCCUAUAAAUUGGAAGGAAAUAUUGCUCCUAAUUUGGGGAGGACUACGAGGCGGUAUUGUACUGGUCCUAGGGUUACGGAUAGAAGCAGAGAAUAAAAUUAACGACAAAUUGACGAAGGAGUUGGCUUACUACAUCAGUGGUAGUGUAUUGCUCAUACUGACCAUUCAGGGGUUAACUUUUGAGUGUCUAUACAAACUGUUAAAUAUUUAUCCGCCCAACCCGUUUAGAAUUGUUUACCUAGAAAAGGUGCUCAAAAUGAUUGACUACAAUUUCUAUAUUAGGAAGAAGAGCUUAAAGAAUUACUGGCUUUUUAAAGGCACCAACAUUCUUCACUUUUCCAAUAAAAUAGUCCCUGAGUUGUACUGGAGGAAAAUGAACAAAUAUGGAGAGUUCGAUUUGAGGUUGCCCGAUAUUUAUGCCUGCCUGCAGGAUAUAAGCUCGUGCGAUAUUUCCUUUUGGGAACGUGCUUACGAUUCGCAGACAGUGAUCGAAAGUUUUGACGACGUUUCCUCCAAUGGGAAAGGCAGUUUUCCUAACAAGAACGAGGAUAAGACAAGUCCAGGUGGGGGGAAAAAAAGUGAUAAUAAAAAUUCGGCCCAUUCCUCCAUCAGCAGCAGGAUUCUACAAAAGAAUGAACUGUCAAACGUUACAGAUAAUGACACCCUUAAUGAGAGAGGCGCGCUGAACGAUAGAAAUGUGCACAUUUAUAGAGGAAAAGAAAACCCAAGUUGCAGGAAGAAAAAAAAAAGUAUAUACGAAGAGGUGAAAUGGAAAAACAGCAAUUUUACGGAUAUAGAAUAUGAAGAUAAUAGUGAUGAAUACAGCUACGUAAAUAACGAUGACAGUAAUAGCAGGAAGAAAAAGAAAAGGGGAAAAACGAAGAUGAGAAACAAUGCGGGUAGGAGGCACCGAGUAGGGGAAUUCAUCUCCAGGGGAAAAACAAGCUUUGAUAAUUUCUCGUACAAAGGAGAAAUGAAAAUAAAUAUCAUCAGAAAUAAUGACAACUACUUCAGCAGUAACGAUGAAGACGAACAUAAUUACACAAAUAUAAACUACUCACUUUCGUCCAAAAAUUUUGAUAAGCUGAGCAACCAUCUGAAUGAGCUCUCCGAUAAUGAGUCAUGCUACACAGAUAAGGUGUGUGAAAAUAGCAAAAUAAAAAACUUGAAUGCUUUUAACUAUGACAAGAUUUCCAUAAAAACGUAUGACCGUCUUAUAAACAAAAUGAAUUACCGAGAAUUUAAGAGAACCAGAACGGAGAAGGAAAACUUUACCGUGAUUGACAGCAUCGUUGAUAACCACAACGAGAAGGAGACCUUCGAUCCCAAGUACAAUUUGAGGCUAAUCGAGCACGCCACCGAUUUGCCCAAAACCUUGAGUGAUAAUUUGCUCGUUAAGAGCAAUGUGGAAAAUGAGAAUGGCAGUAAUGGAGAUGUAAAGAGCGGUGCACCAGAUUCGAAUGAGAAGGAAAAGAGGAAGAAAAAAAACUUUUUAAAUUUUUUGCACGACCAAGCUGCGGUGAAGGAGGGCGACCUGAGCAAAGAAAACGACUCCGUGAGAGAAGCCGAGGUGGGGAAAAACCCAGACGGGGAAAAAUCAUACGCGCAACAGGAUAGCAACCUAGGGGAGGAGCACCUAAUGAAAAAUAUAAACUAUGAUAACAUCACGAAGAAGGACGAAAAUUUGCUAAACAACUACAAAGAUUUGAAGAAGAUCGCCGAGGGGACUAAUGAGGACACGCCGGGGGUAGCUAAUGCGGAUCAAGGGGAGAACGAGUUGCUGAUGAGCGACAAUUUUAUUAUAAAAAUUCAGAAGGAAAAGUCGCAUGAAUGUGAGGGGGUUCGGGAGGAGAGUGUGCAGGGCGAAAUGGGGGAGGACCGCCAAAACGAUUUAGAAGAAAAAGACGAAGCAGAAGUAGCAGGGGCAGGAGCAGGAGCAGAACGCGCAGAGGAAGGCCUGCAAAACUGCGUCACCUGUGUGACAAAUGAAGAGGGCAACGUGGUGGAUGAGAUUAUAAACUAUGACGGGGGCGAAAACAGAAGUAACGAACCCAAUUUUGAGGAAUACCUGACGUAUAAAAAUUUGUUUGCUCUGGACAGCGAUGGGAAGAAAAUCUCGUCCUUCUUUAACAACAACUAUGAUAAGAAGAGUCACCUAACGAUCGGGGUGAAAAAUCCCUCGGAGCUGAACAUCUCCACCAAGGGAACUAACAGCAAAACUUUGGUGUUAAUGAACAAAGAAAUUGAGAAAGGGAAAAAGAUGAAAAAAAGUGAUAAAGCGAAGUGUACCCCAUGCACAGGUGUGUUUGAUUUCACCGCCUGUUCAAGAAAAAAAAGGGAUGGUAAUCGGAGCCCAUUAAAGGUGAAAAGCAGCAAAGGGGGAAAACGUAAAAAAGGCGAUAACCAUAACUGCGAUGAUGCUGAUAGUGAAGAGUUCCACAAGGGAGAUAGCCAAAAUGUGGAGGUAAAUCGAAAUAACUCCAACAGCAACGCAGGUAAUGACAACAAUGUCAGUAAUAAUAACAACAGUAAUGGAGAUUUCCUAGAGGGGGGAAAGGGAAUCCCCAAACCGCAACGAAACAACACCACGGACUUCACUGCAAGGAGGUAUGACACAGAUCAAACGAUAAAUUUCGAAUGCAUAGAAGAUGUGUGCCAGAAGAAACACGUGGCUACCUUUUACAGCUUUUUAAAGAGGCCCAAAAUGAAAAUAAAAAAUAAAUUAUUCAGCGAAAUAAGAAGGGCAAGAAGCCACGAAAGUUACGGCAACAGUAAGGAUAAGUCCGGGAAGUCCAAGGAUGAUGUUUUCUACAGCUCACUGAAAAAAAAAAUUGUUCGAAAGGAAAGAGAAGGGGAGCUCUACAUUAUGAUAUUUAAUACGUGCAGGGAAUUAUAUAAAAAAUUGUACGUAAACGGCUUCAUCUCGGGGGAAUGUCUAUUAACACUUACGUCCAUUUUAGAUUUGUCUGCCGAUUUUGCCUUGAAAAAGGUACGAAUGAACCCCAUUAAAGCAUGGGCAGAUGCUUUUGAUAAGAGCAAAAACAAGAAUAGCAACAAAAGGAGGAGGAGCAUUGACCAUAGGAAUGGGUUUGAAUACGAAUUUAACGUACUGUUAUCAAAAUUAAAAAUUAAUACAAAGCAUUCUUUUUUUUUUUCGCCCAAAGUGGUAAAUAUAUUUCUUGUGUAUGAACACUGCAUGAAGGACCUGCAGAUUAUUCUCUCCUAUGUGGACGUUCACCAGUGCACACUGGAUAAGGGGGGAAUUACUAUGAAGCUACUGCUGGGGAAAAACUUGCUCAGAAGCUACUACCGAAAUAUAGAGCUCGCCAAGAGCCUCAUACCGCACCUGGUUAAUAAGUACAAGGACGUCGUGAAGUACUGCCUCAUUAAGAUAGGCGCGGACAUGCUCAUGCAUUUGAAGAAGACGAUCGUUAAUGAGCAAGCUGCCAACGGAUUGUUACUAACCCAGGACAACGAAAAACUGAAUGGCAUUUUCGAUGAGCAGCAAAUCAAAAUUAAUAGAUACAGGCCAUAUUUGCAUUAUUUCCUAAAAAAGAACAUGUUUAAGAUGAUUAUUAAGUAG